GACUACACUACAAAAUAUGUAAACUCCUCCUCGACAUCUACUCGGUAAAUAUCAACUACUCUCUGUUUAGCUUCCUGGUUAACCCAAAAAAUUAAGGGAACGGUUAGAAAGAAGUUCGACCUUGAUAGGGUGCCAUGCAGGGGUGGUCAUGGACCAGGUCACAUUUAGAAGUGACACUGUUCUGUCUGAUGUGCACCUGCUGUUACCAAACGCUUGCCAUCUCAUGAAGAGACUCAACGGCGUAGGACAGCCAGUCUUCACUUCAAAGUUUAGGAUUCUGCGGGAUUACAAUGGGAAGGACUCAAGCUGUGAUUCACCUGUCCAUGAGAACUCUGAUGCAUCAAAUAUUCAGUGGGAUGAAGAUGGGGACCUGGAUGUGGUGAGAAGGCCCAGAUACCCCACCUGUAACAGAGAUGCAGUAUGUCCCGUUAUCCUCAGUCAAUCUGCAGUGACGCUGACCGACCAGAAUGAAGAUUCUGAGGAGGAGGAUGGUGCCCGUGACAUCAUUAGGAUUGAGCAUACUAUGGCGACGUCUCUGGAGGAUGUAGGGAAACAGAUCUGGCGUGGUGCUUUCCUAUUGGCUGAUUUCAUCCUGGCACAAGCAAGCAUGUUCAAAGCCGCUACUGUCCUUGAGCUUGGAGCUGGAACGGGACUGACCAGCAUUGUCAUGGCAAUGGUGGCUAAAACGGUGUACUGCACAGAUGUUGGUGAAGACCUUCUGAACAUGUGUCAGAGAAAUGUGACUUUGAACAAGCAGCACUUUGAACCCCAAGAGAGCGAAAUAAAGGUGCGCCAACUGGACUGGAUGGCAGAUGAUUUCUGCACAGAUGCUGAUUUGGAGUUCUGCUGGACUGACGCAGAAGUAGCAGACUUGCAUGAUAAUACCACGGUUUUGAUCGCAGCAGAUGUGUGCUAUGAUGACGAUCUUACAGACGCUCUGUUCAGAAUACUAUAUAGACUUUCCAGCAACAUGCGGCACCCCAGCACAUCCUACAUCUCCAUAGAAAAGAGAUUGAACUUCACUCUUCGACAUAUGGACGUGGCUUGUGAAGCUUAUGAUCACUUCCGUCACUGCCUAAACCAGUUACAGCAGAUGACAGAUGGAAAGAUGAAUUUCACGGUUGAGCCUGUGAAGAUCUCCUUUUCACAGUUCUUUCAGUAUGAAAGGGUGGACCAGCUGGAACUUUGGAAGGUGACAGCAGAAAGACUUUAAUUUGUAACACCACAGGUUUUUAAGUUUCCUUUUAACACCAUGUUUGCAGAAUGAAUUUGUCUUUGUAAUUCCUAUUUUCCUUAUAAUGUGAAAUUCAAAGGCUUAAGUUUGAUAAUUUGCUCUUAAAUUGUUCAUUAAAAACUACAAUUAUAAAGGAAUGCCAUUUCAGACGAGAA